AUGCAUCUGCUGCUGCUACUACCUCCUCUUCCUCACUAUCUUCAUCUUAGCCGGAAUCACCAUUUCUCUCUACACCUUCUUCAAGCCCAAGAGCCCAAUUACCAGGUGAACGGCCUCAAUGUCACCACCUUCAUCUUGCAGCAGGAUUUUAGCCUCCUCACCGAGUUCGUUGUGUCAGUCAAGGCCAAGAACCCCAACGACCGCAUCGGCUUCAUCUACGGCCAUAACAGUGCCGCCGUAGUCACAUAUCGGGACUCCAAGCUCUGCUCCGAUAAGCUGCUGUCGUUCGAGCAAGGCCAUAACAACAUCACCUUGAUGAACGUCACCAUGAAAGGUAAGAGCGAGUUCGACAACGGCCUCCAGAAGGCUCUGAUGCAGAACAAGAACUGCAGGAAGAUUCCAUUGCUGGUGCAGGUUAAGGUGCCGGUGAGCAUCGUGGUGGCUAACUCGCCGUUGCGGCAUUUUCUGGUCUUCGUCAAAUGUUCUUUGGUCAUCGAUAACUUGUCGCCGAACAAGAAGAUCCGCAUCUUGUCCAGUGAAUACACUUUGCAUUUUGCAUUCUGA